AUGGCCGCUCCUCCGAGAAACUUGGCAGAGAUUUACGAAGCCGUUUGCGCCGAAAACGGAGUGAAAAUAAACCCCGACGUUCUGGGCGUUUUACGCGAGACGAACGAGACGCGACUGACUUUUGGUCAGAGACUGACCGAUGACGAUGUUCUCGUUGUGUCCGAGUGUCUGCGACGUUCACCCUCUGUGACAGGUCUUGAUUUAAAGUUCAGCAGCGUCACAGAUGAAGGCGUCAAACACAUCGCUCAUCUCUUACAGCAGGAGAAUUCAUGUCUGCGAUCUUUGGACCUGACGUUUAACGACAUCCUGUCAGAGGGAGCUGAGAUCCUCAGCACGAGCCUGAAGUGUAACCAUAGCUUGCUCUCCCUCAGACUCUCAGGUAAUAAAGUAGGGAACAGAGGAGCGAUGCACGUGGCCACUAUGCUGCAGGACACUCAGAGCGUGAUCGCAGUUGCCAUCGCUGUGAAAAACAACAACACUCUUCAUCACGUCGACCUCAGUCGACCUCUGCUCUUCAGCCUCCAGGAGGAGUGGGCGGAGCACUGCAGCCUCAUGCUGGCGGUGAACAACAGUCUGCUGGAGCUUCACCUGGGGAAGAUGAUGAUGACGGACACAGGGAUGGAGAGACUGACCGAAGGCCUCAGACUCAACCACAGCCUGCGCUACCUCGACCUGCACUGCAACCGCGUGACCCGUGACGGCGCCCGCCGUCUCGCCGAGGUGUUGAAGCAGAACCCGACACUGGAGGUCAUCGACUUGUCAUCCAAUCGGAAUGAAGAUGAAGGCGCGGCAUACCUGAGCGACGCCCUCAUGCGGCCGGGCUGCGGCCUCAGAGAGCUGUCGGUCAACAACAACAACAUCAGGACGGAUGGUCUGUUAGCUUUGACUCACGCCAUGAAAGCCAACGCCACACUAACACACAUCUACAUUUGGGGGAACCACCUGGAGGAGGAGCCUGUAUGUAAGGCGUUCAGAGAGCUGAUAUCCAGCGGUCGUCUGCUGCCGCAGCAGACAGAUGUCAGCGUGUGCGAAGUUGACUGUCGGGUUUUUCUCGCCAAGGCCUUCAAUAAUCUGAGGAGACGUUAUGAUGAGGAGACACUGUGGGAACCUGCAGCGCCUCCUACUGACGGGGACGCCAGCGGACUCACUGUGCAUCAGAGGAACAGAAAUAAAAGAUGGAAAUGAUCAUAAAAAA